AUGACCGCCAAAUUUUACGUGCUGUGUCUAGUGGUAGCGACUCUAGCGACUGGGUUGGAGGCUCGCACGCGACCUCGAUUGCAGCAGCCCAUAGAUGACGCCUAUGAAUAUGAACCUCAGGGUCCACAGAGAGGCGGUGGGGUAGUGCUCGUGCAGGACGAUGGCUACGACGACCUGUACCGUGCCUCCGACCGGAUCGACGAGGAUUACGAGCCUCGGGCGGUCCAACGCGCCCCCCUAAGGCACAAACAGCAGCCACUCCAACAGGAAGGACCCAAGCAGCCGCCCGUUCAGACCAUACGGAAUUACAACAAAGUGAACGAUGAUGGCAGCUUCACCUUCGGGUAUGAAGCAGCUGAUGGCUCCUUCAAGGAAGAGACCAGAGGUACGGACUGUGUCGUUCGCGGCAAAUACGGCUACGUAGACCCCGACGGCAACAAACGAGAGUUUACUUACGUCUCCGGCAACCCUUGCGACCCCAACAAACCGAACGAAGAAGAUGAGCCGGAGUCGGCCGCACCCGACUCUGCGGAGAGAGACGACGGCGUACCUAACUACCCGACCAGGCCGGCUCCCAGACCGACAACGGCUAGACCGCCCACCACCUACUUCCAAAACGACUUUAGAGACGCCGACGAGGAAGAAGAGCCCGAAGAAGAACCUCUGCAGCAGAUCAGGCCCAGAGUCGUACAGCGUCCAGCUGUCAGAAGGCCGAUCUACCAACAGCAACCACAGCAGAUUGCGAUCACUCCUCGACCAUUGCCGGUAACCACCGCUAGAGCUCUGCCGCCUGCGACCACCUUCAGGCCACAGUUGGUUCAAGUAACACCUAGGCCCCAGCCCCAGCCUCAGUCCCAGCCCCAGCCUCAACCCCAGCCUCGUCCACAGAUCCAGUACAGCCCUGAACCAAACUACGCGCCUUCACCCUCUCCGGUGGCGGUGACGACUGGCAGACCGGCGCAAAUUGAUUUCGCUGCGGAAUUCGCCAAGUUCCAUCGCGAGAACCAAUACCAAUCGACGACGCCCGCGUCGUUAAACACACAAGGGAAGACUACCAUUGCCGCACAGGCACCCAGCGGAAACCCUCUGUACUCUACCGAACUAGUCUACGAUCCAUCAAGCGGACAAUACAACACUCAAUUGUAUCAAACCCUGCCGCAGACUAAAGGAGAGUUGAACCUGAACCAGAGAUUGCAACCAUACGUGGCCCAACAGGAGCAACAGAGGCAGAGGCCCUUCAUUCCGUCCCCACAGAUCCCAGUCGGGCAGACUUCUAAUACACCUCUCUACAGGCACCAGCUUUCUAAUCCCCAAGAGGUAUAUCAGAGGCAGCAGUCCGAGGCGCAGUUCCAGAGCUCGCAGCAGCUGUUCGCGCAACAGCAGCAGCUGCAGCAGAGCCAGUUGCAAAGAGACCGCGCCGCAGCCAGGGCCCAGGCCCAGAGACUAACAGCCACAGCCCAGAGCCAGCCCGCUCAGAGCCAGUCGGCCCCGAGGCCAGCGCCGCAGUACUACUACGUGGCGCCCCGUGGGGAGUCCCCCUCCUCAGGGCAAAUCGACGCCUUCCUGAGGGGGCACGGCAUCCAGUUC